AUGAGCCCCUCCACAACUAUAAUGGCACCUUACAAAAUCAAUGUCGACAUGGACACCUCUCUCCUCCAGCAACUGAACCGCAUUGACAGUGCAAUCCUGAACAAUGAAGAUGAAAGAGUAGCGCUUGUGCAUGCCAUGCGAGCUGCUUUGUCGCGCAUAGAGACGCCGUGGGAGAGCGCACUACAGAUUGUCUUCACCCAGCCCUCCGUGUUCGCCGCACUCAAAACGUGCGUAGACGCAGGGCUGUUUGUGCAGUGGCUGCAACAGCCCCUGCAUGGUGAGCCAGCGUCAGCGAGCACGCUCGCCCGUCUCGUUGACGUCGAUGAAAUGCUGCUGUCUCGUCUGCUGCGACACCUCGCCGCCACCAAUAUGUUACACGAAGAGGCCCCAGGUGUGUACAGGCUCUCGCGGUUUGCACACUCACUCGGGCUGCCCGAGUACGCCAGCAUGCUGCCAUUUCUCUUCGAAACAAGCCUCCCAGGAUUUUCUUCUCUGCCGGCAUAUCUCCAGUCAAAUAAAUACGCCAACCCCGCGGACGCCAAGGCCACAAACUGGCACUAUCUGCGCGGAGUGUCUCGCUUUGCUGAUCUGCAAAGCCGGCCAUCCGAGAUGGCCACCUUCCAAUUAAUGAUGACAACGUACGCCGCGAACAAGACCAGCUGGGUGGAUCUGUAUCCUGUGGAGAACGAGAUUCUCAGAUGCGCAGAAUCCACAUCUAGUAGUGCAUUGGUGGUGGAUGUUGGGGGCGGGCGCGGACAUGAUCUGCAGCGCUUGCUGCAUCUCUGGCAGGGUUUGCUUGACGGUAAUAAUACAGCUAGAAUCGUCGCGCCGACACCAGGGCAGCUCAUCUUGCAAGAUCGCCAGGCUACGCUGGUCAACGCUGUAGGCGAAAGUCUCAUUCGCAAAAUGGCCCACGACUUCUUUCAGCAGCAGCCCGUGCGAGGAGCGCGUGUGUAUUAUCUACAUACCGUGCUGCAUGACUGGCCAGAUCGAGAGGCUGGUGUGAUUCUGGGCCAGAUUGGCCUGGCGAUGCAGGUUGGAUAUAGUAGGUUGUUGAUACAUGAGACUGUCGUGCGUACGGACGAGGUGCAGGAUCUGUCCGAGUGGAAGAAGACGACAUCGGAUAUGCAGAUGAUGAUGGUUCUGAGCUCUGCAGAGCGGACUGAGCAGAACUGGCGUGAAUUGAUUGCGAGAGCGGGCUUGACGGUGGUGAAGAUUUGGAAUUCGGGGGCGUCUGCAGAGAGUAUCAUUGAGGUAGUAAAAGAUAAGUAG